AUGCGGGUGUUGGUGGGAGGGAGGGUGUCUUGCCGGGUCUCCUGGCGAGCCCACUGUGAGAUGGUGGCUGUGUCUCUUGAAGGAAGUGGUGUGCAAAAACGACGUGGGAACAAAACAUGUGUGCGCUUAGGGCUCUCGUAUGCUUAGAAUAUUUCGACUUUUGAUGUUAGUUAUUUGGAUCCAGGAAAUCUGCGCCAGACCCCCCCACCUGCAAGAGCCCCCGGCGGCGACCUCCCUCGCCCCGCCCAUCGCACCGUCUGCCUCUCGUUCAGGCUCCCCCGCCGCCCCUCCGCCGAGCGCGUCUGCGGUCGGCGGCGCCCUUCGCGAGCUCCACAGGCGGCCGCGGUCCGUCAGUUCGUCGGCGUCGGAGAUCAGCAGCCAGCAGCAGCAGCAGCAGCAGCAGCAGCAACAUCAGCUGAGUUACAUAUCCUCCCACGACUUCAAGUUCCGUCUGAAGGGCAUUCUCCCGCUGUAUCUUCGGGGCGGCUCCAGCGGCUCCAGCGGCGUCUUCGCAGGCUACCAGGGGCGCUUUGCCAGCCAAGUGUGUUUCAGAGUCCACACUUUCCACGCCACGCCCGCCUACCCCGAGGGCUACGUGGUGGCGCUGGAGACCCCGGCGGGAGGCAGCGUCCUUCGGGGGGAAGGAAGCGCCGUGUCGCUCGUGAGCAGCGCCGGCCUCGCGGGCGCCACGACCGUCGACGACAGAUUCUUCCUCGUCUUCUCCGUCCCCGGCGACCCGUUCGUGCGGAUCAAGCACCUCAGCACAGGCCAUUUCCUCUCAGCCAGCGCGAGUGGGGUGACCCUGGAUGUUUUCAACUCCAACAGCGAUAACUUUUUCUUCCAAAAUUUUCCCUGUACGUAGCAGAGAACAUGGUGCUGUGCCUCCUGCAGCAAAUCCUAAACAGAAGGAAUGGAAUGGAAGAUCCGGGGACUUUGCGAAUCAUAGAGAACUGAAAUAUUCGUUGUGAAACAAAGAAAACGGGGUUUUCCUAAUUAUCUUGGUAUCUCGUAAUUUCAGUUGUUUCUUGAUUAUCCCUAUGAAUGUGGUAUAUAUUUUCUAUUAGAGUAAUGAUGCACUUUGACUUUCAUUGAGAAAUGAAAUCAAAUCCAUAAAGGUACUUGAUGAAGAUGAGUAUGAUUUCAUUAUAUUUUUAUAAUGAAUAGAAAUUAAAUAUAGUGUACAAAUCCGAUAAUGAUAUUAAUGGUUGAACCUAAACACGCAACAAACUGUGAUACUGUUUCAAUCAUUCGUCGUUAUAAAAGUCCUAUCAAUUAAUGAUUCUGUGUUGAUCACCAAAAAUAGAUCAGAUGGACAAGAAUUUCCAGCAGUUGCCAUUAAUCAAAUUGUUUAUUCCGAUGAAACGAACAUUCCAAUUAUUCACUCAAACGUCAAUAAUUUUAGUCACGUUUUCUUUGAAGAGAAAAUGGGAUAUUUUAAACGUUAACUCUACUAAAUAUUAGCUUCUGUCUUACCCUGCCUUGUAUAAUUUUCUGAAGUUGCUAAUGAUUGAAUGAAGCGACCAGUACUCGCUAUGUGGCUCUGUUUAUUGAGACUAUUGCAAAAUAGCCAAGUCAGCAAUUUGCACCAUGAAAGUAGACUCAAAUAAUAUAUUGCAUUUAUAUUAGAUCUUGUAGUAUAUUAUAACACGAUAUCAGAGCAUUUUUUCGGGGUACGAUAAACGUCCAGUUUCUCAACUUUUUUCUUAAUGUAAUUUCGUCAUAUUGCCGAAGUUAUUUGUUACUGAAAACGUAUACAAUUAAACUCAGAAUCUCGCAUAAUACUACUGGUGUUCCUGGAUGUAUAUUUAUUAGUAAUAUUAAUCCACGUGUGUCCUUUAUGUAUGUAUGUAAAUAUUAAAAGAUUUGUAAAGUUGACGUACCGAUAUCUUAUAAUAUAAUGCCUAUGAUUUAAGACAAUUUAAUAAACAAUCUGAAAUCA